GCCGCUGGUUGGCUACAAUGUUGCAUGGCACAGAAGGAACGGCGCAAGAAUUUCAGGGUUAUCGGCGGACCCUUCUCCCGGCUCGUCAGGAGGUAUGAGAAAAUGCGAGCAGGCAACCUUAUCAGCGGAUAGCGGCGGAACGACUUUAUUCACCGGGACCUCUAGGACGUGUCUUCGACGCCUUGCAUGAAUUCCCCGGCAUACGACCGGACAUUAUGUAUUUAUGUAAGACAUCAAAUGCUCUCUGCACAGCCGUGACCUCAUGGAAAAGACGGAUUAUUUCGAGUGAUUGAGUUGAGGUACCCGGGGGGACGGAGCUAAAACACCGCCGCUGACUAACUACGCAUGUCGGUCCGCUACUCGACUACCUCGUGUCUUUUAAAAGAUACCUCAGGUCUUUUAAAAAACGUCUUCACGCGCGGACUAGUGCUGGAGGACAAACCAAGGAGGACAACGUUCAAAGACAGCACGUGAGCCCACUGCCUGUGUGUUCACUGGCCGGGUGAAUUUAUUGCCCUUUUAUUGGAUCACAUGCAGUGCCGAAAACGGACAGGUUGAGACAGCGCCGUGGCAGAAAAGGGUAAAACCAAGAACGCAGACAGCCUUUCAUCCUGAACGCUUUAUAAUCUAGCCUACCUCGUAAUCCGGCGCUUGACCGAAUUCCGUUUUUCCUCCUGCCAGUGCCUUGUUUUAGCGACAAGUUUGAUAAAUGAGCCCAGGACCUGCAACCUAGCCUAUGCAUGAAGGACCGUGAAGAAUAGAAAUUACAGUCGCUCCACGUCCCGCGGUCCGGCCGAUUCACGAGCUUGUCCCACGCGACCUACUUUCAUGGGGAGAAUUGAUGAGGCGAAUAAAAGAUCUGCAAGCGACUACUUCGGGACCACAGCUUUUCAGUGAGUAACCAUCGACUGACUAGUACCAGCGCGCCAAGCUGAAAUAAAUUGACAUUUCCUAAUAAUCCACGAAAGACUCACAGAAAAGGAAUAAGACAAGUCGCUCUUAUGCAAAGAGAAAAGGAGAAACGAGAAAACUGCCAACCAAAAACUGAUAAAAGAUUAACUGUGUUGCUGUUGCGCUGACAUAACCUUUUGGACUAGUUCAAAGAGGCACCUAAAAAGGAACUCUAUUCUCACGAGCCAGAAAAAGGCCGUUGACCUUCCCUUGUAGUGAACGUAUUGCCUCUUUUCAGAUACAGCUUUGCUGAAGGUUUUCCCCCCAAAUCUCAGGGAUUAUUUUUGGAUAGCCAAUAGCCUGCACUGGCGGUUGCCUCAGAGACUGACAUGACUGCUCUUUGCUGGAAACAAGCCUCAGGAUUUAGGUGACAGGCAUAUUGGCGGUAGGCCUACUGAUAUGUCCAGAGCCAGCAACGAGCUCUGAUGUGCUAUUACAAGGUGAAAAGAACAGUCUCUGAUGUACAGUACAAUAGCAGUGAAGCAGUAACAUGAUUAUUAGCCCCAUAUGACAUUGGAGGUAACAAGAAGGCAAUGGAAAGAAGUGGAGGAGCAGAGUCCUGAAUCUUUCUUACACUGUCAACCCAUGCAAGCGAACCUGAAUCAUUUGUGGGUGACUGAACUCCAAAGCUGAGCUGAAGGUGAACUGAAUUGACUGGAAUGAAAUUGAAUUCCAUGAAUCAAAUUGGAAUCCCCCACCAGGUUCUCUCAUCCAUUGCUCCAAAAGUUAACUUUUAAUUGACUGGAUUUAAGUGGAGAGAGAAAAAAUAAAGUGAAACCCAUCAACCAUGUUCUCCCUGCCGUUGCUCCGCCACACGGACGUGCCGCCACGCGUCACCGAGAACUUCAUCCUCUCGGGCUACCGCUUCCCCAACUACAGCCUGCGCCAGUGCCUGGCCUCGGCCUUCCGACCCACCAACGAGACGGGCAACUUCUGGACGCACUUCUUGCCCAUCUUCAUCUUCUUCUUCCACUUCCAGGAGGUGUUUGGCUGGGAGGGCGCUCCCGACCCCUCCGACCCCUUCUUCUACCCCUUCUGGAACUACCUGCUGGGGGUGUGCUGCCUCCUCCUGGCCAGCAGCUUGGCUCACCUGCUGAACUCCAUGUCGCUCUGCAUCCGGGAGAUCUGCUUCUUCGUGGACUAUGGCACCAUCAGCGCGUACACGGUAGGCUCCUCUCUGGCCUACUACUACUACAUCCAUCCGCGAGCAGGGAUCCCACCACUUGAUGCUGGAUUGCACAACACAUCAUCAUCAUCAUCAUCUUCUCCAUCGUCAUCGUCGUCGUGGUUACCUGAGUUCCAGGCGUUCUUCGACACCUUCUACAUCCCGUCCUCGUGCCUGGUGGCCAUCAUCUGCGUGCUGGCCUGCUGCAACACGCGGCAGAACUGGCGCACCUACCGCUACGCCAUCCGCACCCUGGUCUUCCUGCUGCCCUUCUUCGUCUCCUCCACGCCCGUCUUCUACCGGCUGCUCAGCCCCUCGCCCUACCCGUCCUCCUCCGCCUCCUCGGCGGCCGUCUCCGUCACCGCCCACUACUUCUACCGCCACUGCUUCUGGCUGGUGGUGUCGGCACUCUUCAACAUCAGCAAGGUGCCCGAGCGCCUGUGCCCGGGCGCCUUCGACAUCUGGGGCCACAGCCACCAGUGGUUCCACUGCUGCACCUUCCUGUCCAUCCUGGACGAGCUGCACAUGAUCAAGGCGGAGUUGAGGGCGCUGUUCCUGCACCCCACGCUGGUGCUGCCCCCCGUCGUGCCCACGCGGCUGCCGGGUCCCGAGCUGCUCACCACCUACGGCAUCAUGGUGCUCCUGCAGGUGUGCAUCGCCAGCAUCAUCGCCUGGUUUAGCAGGGGGGCCUACCUCAUCUACGCCCCGCAGCAGAAACAGCUGAAGCAGCACUGAAUUGAAUAGAAUGCAGAAUAGAAUGUAAGGGAAUGUAGAAUACAGAUGGUAUAAUUCAUAGAAUAUGAUACAGAAUAUCUUCUAGAUAUUCUAGAAGAUAUUCUAUUCUGUUCUAUUCUAUUCUGUUCUGUUCUAUUCUAUUCGAUAUUCUAUAUGAGCAGCUGAAACAGCAUUGAUUGCACAAUAACAUUCAGAGAUGAACGUUUAAACGCAAGUACUGUAGUCCUAACUGUCAGAUCCUCUUAACGAUAUCACUAGAGACUGAAUUUUGUUUGCUUAUGGACUGGUGUCGUUUUUAGAUAGAUACUGUUCUUCUCAUUGCACAAAUGAGGUUAAUUUAACUUGUUAUUUUUUAAAUGAUUCGUCCUUAUCUGUUUCUGGCCAGUGAUCUGUUUUGCUUGAUCAUGUCGUUCCCCCUUGAACUCUGAACUCUGCUGCGUUGACAGAAGGGACACUGACUGUGAUGCGGGUGAAAGGUAAUCUGCUUGGCUCUUCCUGUGGAGAUUCUGUGGCAUUUCUGCACAGUACAAAAUGGAGUGUUAAAUCAACACUUGCAGAGUUGAUUUUCACAUCUUCCAGAGUGUAUUUGGUCCCACGGUACUCUCUACGUGUUGAAUUAACACUGCAUUUUUUCUACUGUGUGUGUGUUGGGCUCUUGAGGGAUUUCAGGGUAUUCUACAACAGGCCGAAACCUACAACUUUUACAACCUCGGGGUUACACAUCACACACAGAGAGGAUCAGGUGGAGUUGUUGCUGAAAGGAGGCUGUGUAAACUGAUCUGAUAACCAGGCUAGCCCCUGAGAGGACUGAAGUUGUUUUAAGAUCUCUUCUUACCCUAUCUCUCUGUGUUAUUAGUCUUACUUUGUCAUACUAUGCUGUUAUUCCUCUCUCUCUCUCUCUCUCUCUCUCUCUCUCUCUCUCUCUCUCUCUCUCUCAUCUCUCUCUCUCGCUCUCUCUCUCUCGUAUCUCUCUGUUCCUCUCACCCUAUCCCUUACGCCCUUUCUCAUGUCUCAUUUCCCCUGUUUUCCCCCCUGAGCCAUUUAUACAGGAAGUUCAGGAGCCGCAAACAAGCUUCAAUGGGCUGCUGAGCUUUCAGGUCAGGCCUGUGCUUUGAUGGAGGAAAUGGCUGGGGGGCCGGGCGGGUUGUUCUGGACGUGGAAAUGCACUUUAAGUUCUGGAGCAUUGUGCCUCCAUUAGUCGUUUCUCCUUUAAGAUCUCUGAUGUGAUGCGAUGUGAUGAUGAUGAUGAUGUUGUCUGGUCGCAUAAAUUAUUCACAACGCUCAGCUCCUGGCAGCUGUCACGGAGAGAAUGCUUAUGUUGCUCCUGUUGUAAAGCGAUGUUUUCACUUUAUGAUAUCGAUUCAAUAUCAAACAUAUGCAUGUGUAGGUCCUUGAGUGAGUAACAGAAGCAGUUACACAGAGGUGCCUUUGAAGGCCACAGAGAUAGUCCAAGCAAAAGGGAAAGGGUGUCUGUCUAUCUGCCUGCUUGAAAAUGCAACACAAAGGACCCACUUAAGAGCUGAAAUGUGUUCUUGUGUGGCCUGCAUUUUGAUGAUGGGGUUUUUCUUUUUUUCCUUGUUUUGCUUUUUUCCACAGUGAUAUCCAAGCCAUACUUCGAACUUAACAAACAUAUCCAUGUUACUUAAAUCAUUACUUAGUAUUAUAGUUUAUAUUACUAGGUAAUAUAUCAAGCAAUACAGCCCUGGUAGAUAUAUCAGGCUUUUAAAUAAGUUUUAGCUUUGCACUCAGUGAACUGGAUGCUUUCAGGAAGUGGUGGUGUGAAGGAGGGAACCCCCUUGAGGGUGGGAGAUGCUGACUCGCAUUAAGGUUUUAGCCCAGCGCAGCACCACGGGGUGGGGGGGAAGCGAGCACCAAAACCACUUCCUGUGAACAUUUGGUUUCUGUACAAACUACUGAGGCCUUUUUCUUAUAGGGAAAGGUCUGCUUAAUUAUGGAGGAGUAUACAGGGAGGGUUAUUAGAGAAGAAGUGGCACUGUGAAGUUACACAGUUAGCUUUAAUAGUGUUAAUGAAACACUUUAAGAGUUGAAUUUAACACCCAUCCCCAUAGUCCACUCUCUAAGUGUUGAAUUAACACUGCAAACGCUAUGGUGUGAUGUUAGUCUCCCGGGUUCUGUUCCACUUUCCAACAUCUUAGGACUCUUAAACAGUCACUGGACUCGGCAUGUGUGUGUGGCAGUCUCAGUAACCCUGCACGGCAUCCAGCUGGAAAGGAAAUGACGUGCUUGAACCACCUAGUUUCAUAAAGGAGGACAAGUUAUGUAAUGAGACAGAGCGCUGCUGUGUGUGCUCCACUCUACUCUGACGCAACACCUCAACCUGUGGCUGGAGUCUGUCAGUCGUUCAUCUCUGAGGCCCACACAUUUGUGGAGUUUCGGGGUCAGUCAUUUGUGAGGUCCAUACAAAGCAAGGGUGCGUUUCUCGAAACCAUAGUUGAUACUUUGUUAGCUACCUUUGCUGUUUUCGAUGCAAUUUCCCAUUGGCAACUAGCCAAGUUUCUAGCUGGCUAACAACUAUGCCUUCGGGAAAUGCACGCCAAAACUGGUAACACACAGGCAAACGGACUGAGAUGAUGUGGCAGAUUGUGGAAGGUUUGAGGAGCCCACACCACUGACUGACCUGGUCCUGUGCCACCUCUUCCAUUACCGAGCUGAUUGGCUCAUUGACCUUUCACACACAGUAUCUGUUGCCAUGCAUCCAAUUUGCAGGGGAGGAUUGAAGCAUUAUCUCUGAAGCAUUAUUGGGUCAAAGUCUGGCUUCCAUACAUUGGCUACUACACAGAGAUUGAUUUAGUCUGGACCACCGGUUCAGAUUACAAGCAAUUUGCUUUGUAUGCAGAUCUGCUUAACUGCUGGUGCUGAUUUGCUAAUGCCACUUAUAGAUGAUGUGGAACAUUACUUUGUCAAUGAACAUAAAGCAUUGAUUUAAUUUGCAAUGAACUAUGUUGUGUUGACGGGAUCCCAAAUCCUACAAAGCCGCAUUUACCUUUCUGUAGUACUUGUGGCAAAGGCUCCAAUUCCUUUGAUGGCUGUCAAAGUGUGAUGUGGAGUGUUGGCUACAGCUUGGUGUGAAACGUCCGUCACAGCUCCUCUGUUAGUUUUGCACAGUGGCACGGACCUGCUAGUCUGUCUGUAGUCGUACUGAAACCUGUUAGUAACUAACAGUACAGUACGUCCAUUGAAAAAGACAAUGUCUGGUUAUGUGCAGAGAUUUGCACCUUGCAACCUGUGAUGUAUGGAACUGUGUGUUGUUUGUAAAUGACGUGUUAGAGAUUGUGUCUUUUUAGAUUGAGUGUCAUUGUAUUGCACAUUAAUGUUCACCACUCGCCAUAAAUGUGUCCGUUUGACCACUGCAUACACUUUCUUCAUGUUAUGACACAAGUUAUGUUUGUAAACAACAGUUAUGUGUUCUGGAUUCACAAGCUACCGUCUUGUACCAUAAUUGUUCAUGCCAUUCACUACUUAGCCUGAGUAUCUCCUUAGAAAAGUCAAAGCUUUAUCGUCAAUGUCUUAACAUGUACUAAACAUACAAAAGUAUAGAAAUUACUUUUUCACUGUCCCAUGUGUAAAGAUGGAACAAUAUCAAAAAGUUGGACAGCGAAAUAACUGCCUAGCCCCACAGAAUUAUGUGACGUUAUGGUAUGGUAUUUUAGCGUCAGAAUUAAUUCAUUCAACAAUUGGUGACUAAGCAGACCAUGCUUUAUCACUAUAAUUGACUAAGUUUUCUUCUGGGAUGCUGCUUUAAGAUCACAUACAUAGUCAUGUCAUAGUCAUAGGCAAUCCCCCAUGUGUGGUUUGCUCCAGCUUUUUCUCAUUCGUUAAGAAUUUCAACUCCCCUUACAUGAGUGUUAACACAUGUCUCUGAAAAUCUUAAAAAGAUGUCUUGAUGUUUUCUGUCGCAGCAACAAUCAGAUGUAUUUUGAGAUGUGUGUGAAUCUGUGUCUACCAUGUCAUACUGUCAAAAGUCUCUUUGCUGGUAAGACUGAUCUUCCAGGUGAAACAGAACUUUGCAUGUUGCUGCCCAGACAGAGAUAACUUAUUGAUGUUUAACCCCUACAUUUGAACUUAAAUGUAGAAGAUUGAUUUUAUUAUUAGAGGCUAAUUCUUGCCCACCUUGAUUCUAUUUUUGUUAAUGACAAUUUGUAGAUAAAUAAAGAAUUGAAA